AUGGAUGAUCGCAAAAGCCACAGUGCCGAGCUCGACUUCCUCACCAAGGCACUUCAAGUCUCCAAGACCCACAGAAGGCUGAAUCCUGAGCUGCUCGAGCCACUCAAAUAUCUGGAGUAUUAUCCAAAGGAUAGCGUCGUCAAGUUCCUCGAGGUAGCUUGCCCUAUCCUGACAGUCGAAACUCUUCAACUCGCCGAAAGCCCACAUUUUGUAAAGAGACUUGUUCCAGAUUUGAACCCAAACCUUAUCACUCACUCGCUCGAUUCUGGGGAGAGUUACGAUACGGCAAAUUUCUUGAUUAAUUCCAGGUUAAUUAUCAACUCCGUCACCGAAGGAGGCCAUACGCCAUUAACAGCUACCAUUCGGAUGCAACACCCACAACUGAGGAGCAAAAUCUGGAGGUUGGGAACACGCCUCGUCAUACCAGGAGAUACUGCAUGCCGCUGUGGUCGGUCGCUAUGUGCGACUGCGCUGACGGCGGCGAUUUUGGAGGGCAAUGUGGACAUCGCACACUUGCUUCUCAAGAAACGAGCAUGUCCCAAUAGGCACCCCAGCGCCUCCAUCGAUUCAGUAUUACCACUUGCUGCCGCUAUCAUUACCAGUAACAUACAAAUGGCGCAGACGCUACUCCUCGCUGGGGCCGCCUCGUACGACCAACUCGCUCUUGACAGCAUCUCCUUGGAAUUAGGACUUGGAUUUCAUCAAACUGUUGCUGGACUUCCUUCCGAGUUAUUGCAACGUCGACAGGCAGUUCUGGAAUUUGAUUUUGAACAAAGUCAUCAAGCUUUACCCAACCUUUGACAAUGGUGUUUCCCAUGCACACUACCACAGAGUGCUGCAUCGGGUGUUGAUGACGAAGAUUCCCAGGAUGAACGGAAGUCCAGCAUACCAUGGACUGCCCCCCUCUCCCAUAUACACGGCUUUGAUUCACGGACCACCAGAAAUACUCAAGGCAUUAGCUGAAGCCGGUGCCGAUGUCAACUCUCCACUAUAUCCGCCCAGGGGAACUUCUCCAGGCAUAUCCGCUCUAAGAUUGUGUCUGACCCAGCGAUGCGGGCUGCAAAAGCUGAAGAUUCUUGUUGAGCUUGGAGCAAAGGACGCAAUGGACGAGUGUGACUCUCCCACGACCAGCAUUUCACUCAUUGAACUAGCAGUGAGGAAUCUGGACUUUGAUACGACAAUGUUACUUCUGGAAAACAACUUCGACCCGGACCCGUGGCCCAAAUCUGACAGGACUGCCCUCCAACUUGCUUUAUUCCCUGAGUCACCCAAGAAAGAGUGCGAUGAUUCUAUGGAGCUGGCCAAACUUCUUUGUAGCAAAGGAGUCGACCCAAAUCUCGUCGCACAGAAAGACCGGCUAACACCGUUGUAACAAGCCAUCGAGCAUGGGAAUCUAGAGAUUGUCGAGCUCUUAUUCGAGCACCACGCCAACGUCAACAAACACAGCGAGCCUGACGUUGAGUUUGAUCUGUCCGCAACACACUAACCGAACGAAGAAAGUCUAAUGACUCCUCUUCAGCUCGCCAUAAAGGGACAGCACCCAGCUAUCAUCAAGACCCUACUCAAGCAUGGUGCGGACGUUAAUGUGAGGGCCAAGAGAUGUGGUCCUCCCGGAGGACACGUGCCAUCCAUCCUAUAUCCCUUCCUCAACCCGCUUCAGUUAGCCCUUUACACUACACAGCCCGAGUAUGUGGAGAUGCUUCUCGAGCACGGGGCUAAUAUCAACGCACCACCUCAUUCACAAGGCGGUGCCACAGUGUUGCAAUACGCUGCCAUGAGGGGGUUAUGUCGGGCUGGCUGAGACCUUGUUGGAGAAGGGGCCAAAGGUGAACGCCGCUGCUUCCGAGUAUAAUGCGCAGACAGCUCUCGAAAGGGCGGCAGAAUAUGGUCGGCUAGAUAUGGUACAGCUUCUACUAAAAGCAGGAGCGCGGGUUGACGGGUUUGACUUGGAGAGUGCAUUAGACAGGGCCGAAGGAAAUGGACAUAUCGCGCUGAAGGAAUAUCUGGAAGGGCGGUGUAUUGGUGUUUGAUAAACCUGAACAUGGCGUCGCUUCUGAUACGGAAAGGAGGGUGCGAAAUGCCCAUUAUUUGUUUUGAUGAUUAUCUAGGUACCAGGUAUUAGGUAGGUAGGCAGUGAACCGAGAAGUUCGACUUCAAAAAUACAAAAUUGAUAUGAAAACUGAUACUCCAUGCCCGCCCCAACAUGAUUCGCAGCUAGCUGCUACCAAAACACACACGCUGACGCCUGAUCUACAGACGCGACCACUGCAUAGAACCCAACCUGCUCAACUCUCCGUUGUGCCUCCAAGCCUCCCCAUCCAGCACCUUGUCUUUACUGCAACGGCAGCUUUUGAGUGCUUCUCA